AUGAGCCAGCGCGCCAUUGGGAGGUGUGAAGCUUGCCAUUCAUUGACGAACGAAACAAUGCUGGCCUCCAGAACGGCAUUGAGGCGGGCGUUUGCCGCCUCGCCGGCCACGACGAUACCAGCAGCUUUCCUCGCACCAGCAGCAGCUCUGCAACACCAGCAGCAGCAGCCUCGCCAGUUCUCCUCGACGCCGACACGAAACUCCAAGCUCGGGCGGACACCGGUCUCGAUCCCGCCCGGCGUCAAGCUCGCUAUCAGCGAGCCGAAGCUGAAGAAGGAUCCGACGAGUUAUCUGAAGAUUUACAAGAGAACGGUCACUGUUACGGGACCUCUGGGUGAAUUGGACCUCGAGAUUCCGCCUUUUCUGAAGAUCGAUUACGAUGUCGAGGGUAGCACGGCGGUUCUGAGCGUGGAGGACUCGAAUAUCAAGGAGCAGAGCGAGAUGUGGGGCACGACAUGGGCCUACCUCCAACGCUACAUAAUGGGCGUCUCCGAAGGCCACACAGCCAUCCUCCGCCUGGUGGGCAUCGGCUACCGCGCCUCCGUCGAGCAGCGAGGCCGCCUCGAAGAGUUCCCCGGCCAAAAGUUCCUCUGCCUGAAGCUCGGCUUCACGCACCCGGUCGAGAUGGGGAUCCCGCGUGGCGUCAAGGUCACGGCGGCGAGCCCGACGCGUAUCUUGUUGGAGAGCAUUGACCGCGAGGAGAUGAUGAGCUUCGCUGGGCGGGUGCGCAAGUGGAGGCCGCCGGAACCGUACAAGGGCAAGGGCGUGUUUAUUGAUGAUCAGACGAUUAAGUUGAAGCAGAAGAAGAUCAAAUAGACGAUGCGCGCCGCGUGGACGGACGAUUGGUGGAGUAUGGGGAUGGUUGUGGCACUUCUUUUGGCCCUGUUUGUUGAUGGCAGAGCUUUGGGAGGGCUGUGUAUAGCUGUAUAUCACUGUACGGGGAAGGAAGAAGGAAAAAAGACAAACAUUGUACACUAUUUAUUCUGCUGGUCUCUUCAAGACAGCCAAAGAAAAAUCGCGAAAUCGAAAACUCCCA